AAAGAGGGGUCCUGCUAUUCCCUUUUGAAAGUUUAAAACCCAAUCGAAUCAUUCCCAUCAUUCUUUCUAAUCUUACACCAUCAUCUAGAAAGAUUCACUUUUUAUAGAUUCUCCUUGUUCCUCUUUUUUCAUACCACAAAAACAACCACAAUGUCCAACUUCGCUGAUGCUGCUGGCGGUCCCUCCGUGGCCGAAUUGAAGAAGCAAACCGAAGGAUCCGGUGAACGUCGUCGUUCUUCGGUCACCACUGAAAAGGUUAAGCUCAACUCUGGUCACUACAUCCCUCAAGUCGCUUUGGGUGUCUACAAGGCUCCCAACGAUAACACUACCGAAGAUGCCGUCAAAUGGGCCUUUGAAGCAGGAUACCGUCACGUUGACUCUGCUGCCCGUUACGCAAACGAAGAAGCUGUCGGUCGUGCAAUCAAGGAUUUCCUCAAAUCUUCCAAAGUUCAACGUGAAGAAUUGUUUGUUACCACUAAAUUGUGGGACGCUGAUCACGAACGUGCAGCUGAAGCAAUUGACGAAUCUCUCAAGAAGCUCGAUUUGACCUACAUCGAUUUAUUCUUGGUCCACUCUCCCGGUAACUUGGGUGAAGAAGCUCGUUUGAAGGCUUGGAAGGAUAUGGAAGCUGCCGUUGAUGCAGGCAAGAUCAAGUCAAUCGGUGUUUCCAACUUUGACAUUGAAGAAUUGGACCACCUUUUGGCCAACUGCCGUAUCAAGCCAGCCGUUAACCAAAUCGAAUCUCACCCCUUCUUUGCUCACGAAGAUUUGCGUGAGGCUACCAUUGCUCGUGGUAUCCACGUUCAAGCAUACUCUCCUAUGGCUCAAGGUGCUGCUUUGGAACGCCCAGAAAUCAAGGCAAUCGCUGACAAGCACGGCAAAUCACCCGCUCAAGUUCUUUUGCGUUGGGGUUUGCAAAUCGGAAAUAUCAUCUUGCCAAAGAGUUUGACUCAAUCCCGUAUCGAGGCAAACGCAGAGUUGUUUGACUUUGAAUUGGACAAAGACGAUAUGGAAGUUUUGAACGGUUUGGAUGAAGGAAUGAAGAUGGGUAAAUUGGGACCAGCAGGUACAUCUGCCCCAGGAUCUCGUCGUUCUUCCAACAGCGGUGGUGCAGCAGGAAACAAAUUGCAAAUGACCAGCUCAUAAGCAUUCAAUUCCGUACCUGACUACGAGAUUACACACAAGAUUAUUCUCUUGUGUCUUAAGGUUAUGAUCAAGCAACAUCCAAUAUAAAAUCGUGC